AUGGAACGAGAGGAUUGCUUCCAUGCUCUGUGUAGGUGCACCCUAGCGAAGGAGUUGUGGCAUGCCAUGGCUAGGGACUGGAAUAUCUCAAGAGUGGAGGAGGUGGUGAACACGGGGUCGGAGUGGCUCUUCUCACUCCUGGAGCCGCUUGAUGAGGACACACGCAUGAUUGUCCUGAUGACGUUGUGGCGUGUAUGGCACGUCCGCAACGAGAUCACCCACGAGAAGAAGCCUCCACCAACCGAAGCAUCCAGGCGAUUCCUCCAGGGCUACAUCAACUCCUUGCUGUGCAUCAAGCAACACCCUAAAGCUGACAUGGAGAAGGGGAAGAUGGUCGUCCUAGGGCCUCAGCAGUGCUCCGCUGCUCGUGCGGCUCCGAAGGAGGACAGGAGAUGGAUACCACCUGGGAGGGCGAGCACCAAACUGAACACCGACGGGAGCUAUGUCCCGGCGACAGGCGCAUCAGGUGGAGGGAUGAUCCUCCGUGAUGAUCCUCCGUGA